ACUCCGUAUCUCCCGUACCUCGAGGUAGCUCUGGUAGUUUUGUGCUUUGCACCACAGGCUCAAUCCGCCUGCCUUAUUAAACACAGCGACCGCUCCGUCUGACAGCCCUCCACAUCGCCGCCAUGCCUACCCAAACACAACCCCCGCAGCGCGGCCUCGUCAGCCGCUUCCUCUUCCUCGGCCUGCCUCUGAUCCUCACCGUCAUCACAAAGCGGUCGCCCUUCUUGACGCACACCAUGGCGCCCACCCAGGUCUGGGCCGACUCGCCCAUCGAGCUCGUCGCCACGCCUCAGUUCCAGACUCGCAAGACCGACAUGUUCACAGCCGGCGCCUCGCACAUGGCCCUCUUGCACAACUCUAUCCUGCGCGGCUACAACUCGAUCUACCUCCAGGCCCCGCACGUCCAGCCGGCCGACAAGGCCGACUUUGUCGGCUACUGCAAGACCUGGCACAAGUUUGUCACCUCGCACCACGACGACGAGGAGGCCACCCUCUUCACCAAGGUCGAGGAGCUCCUCGACGACAAGACCGUCUGGUCCGAGACCCACGCCGAGCACGAGGCCUUCCUGGCCGGCCUGGCGCAGUUCGGCCAGUACCUCGCGUCCGUCCAGAACCCGAGCACCGAUUUCUCCGGCGCCGAGCUGCAGAGGAUCAUGAAGACGUUUGAAAAGCCCUUUGGCGAGCACUUCCACUCCGAGAUCAGCACCAUCGCCGCGCUCGCAGACCACCCGAACGCCCCGGCGCCUGGGUCGCCCGAGGAGGCCGAGGCCGCAGUCACGUUCAAGACAUGGGGCAAGAGCACUGUCUCAAAAGCCGGAACGUGGGACGUCGUGCCGUUCUUCCUGCAGAACCUGGACGGCACCGCCGAGGAUGGCAUGUGGGCGAACUGGCCGCCCAUGCCGGCGCCUAUCCGGUGGGGGCUUGUGAAUAUCGGUGGAGUGUUCCAUGGCAACUGGUGGAAGUUUUCGAGUUGUGCCAACGGGAAGCCGAGGGAGCUUUAUGCUUUGCAGGGCGCCAAGUCGUAG